AUGAAGACGACGACGUUUUCUACUACCGCUAAUGAGCUUCGUCCUCAACCCCCAACACCACCACCGACACCACGUCCAACCGUCACACGCGCCGUGGCGGAGAUGAAUAAGAAGAUUCUCAAUGGAAGGACACUAACUGCUUCUAUUGCGGCUAAUAGUGGGGGGCAUGGUCAUUUGUCGUAUGAGUGUCCUAAGAAUCAGUUGGGGCCGAGGCCGCGGCCUCAGCCUAAGAAGCCGCGACGGGGAUUUAGUGGGCUGAGGGAUAGGGAUGGGGAGGAGGAAGGUGAUGAGGAGGAGGAGGAGGGUGGUCAGAUUGCUGCGGAGCUGUUUGAUGAUAAUUGGGCUUCUGUUGUGGAUGAUGAAGCGGGUGAAAGGUUGCUGGGGAGAAACAGAAAUGAUGAUGAGGGUUUGGACAACAACAAGACGAAGAAGAAAGGGAAGAAAACUGGGUAUUUCAGUGAUGAGAGUGAUCAUGAUGAUGAUGAUUGA